CUCCCCUCUGCCACAUGGUUGGCAUCUGCACUCCAUGGUCUAGGUCGAAAUGGGUUCACUGGGGCUAGAAACUCUCGCCCAGGUAAGGGCUAAGAGCCUACGUACCUAUCUAGUACGUACGGUAAGAGACCUUCUUGAUCACACAACCAAACAUGCCAUGGCGUCAGGUCCGCAGCUUAGUAGUAGGUCGAACUUGGGCGCAGCCUCCUUAUUCGCCUGCUCCCCCUUCGCCGUCCACCCUGUCCAAUUCCAUCGGAGCCGCCACUGUGGACAGGGCUGGCUGAUGAUCCCAGAACGCUUGGGUUCUGCAUCAGCUCCUCUGUACCUUAUCCUAUCUUUCCUUUCUCCCAUUGCUCUUCUCGCCGUUUCGACAGUCUCCAGUCUAUCUUUCGUUCCAAUCUUCUCCUUCUCCUUCUCUUCUUUUUCCCCCCCUCUGUUUUAUUUAUUUUUAUCUUUUUAGACUUUUUCGCCUCUGAUUUUUCUAGUCUCUAUCAUUCGUCCCACCUAUAGAUAUCUAGUCCCUUUUCAGGAUGCAUAGACGAUGCUUCCGAUUCUGUUUAUCUUCCUCCGUGAUCCCCGACUCCAUGGCCUC